AUGGGCAAUCUGAGAGCCAGAGCCAACAGGUACAACUUCCUGGUGGCGUUUUUCGUCGCCUUGGGAUCGUUCACCUACGGCUUCAACUCGGCCAUUAUUGGAUCCGUGAUUGGCCUCCCAUCCUUCUAUGCCUACUUCGACUUCGAGGCCACCAGCAGCUACGGGGGCAACAUCAUCGGGGCGAGUAAUGGCCUCUACGCCGGGGCUGGCGCCAUCGGAUGCUGGACCGUCUUCUGGCUGCUCGACUUGCUAGGCCGCAAGCGGUCCAUCCAAAUCAUCUGCUUGGUAUGCAUCGUCUCGGCCGCCAUCCAGGCCGGAUCGGCCCACAUUGCCAUGUUCCUGGUCGGCCGCUUCUUCAAUGGCCUGGGAGUCGGCUUCAUCAACACGGCCAUCCCGACCUAUAUCUCCGAGAUAUCUCCUCCGGCCCAGAGAGGACGACUGGUGGGAUCGCACGGCUUUGUCAUCUGUGUCUCAUACGGCUUCUCGGGAUGGUGUGGAUUUGCCAUUUACUACGAAAACGACCCAACCAUACAAUGGCGACUUCUGUUGGCAUUACAGAUUGUCGCCCCUCUCCUUCUCCUGCUCGGAAGUCCUUUUAUUCCAGAGUCACCUCGAUGGUUGAUCCAAAAUGGUCGGACUGAGAAAGGCCUCACCGUGUUGGAAAAGUUGCAUGCCAAUGCCGAUGACCCAGAGCACAUUGGCGCUCGAGAGGAGUGUCUACAGAUCCGGAGACAGAUCGAGCUAGAGAAGUCGCAAAAGUCGCCCAACAUCAUCCAGCUGGUAUUCAGUCGCAAGUAUCGAAAGAGAAUGUUCUUCGGCUUCUACUUGCAGGCCAUGUGUCAAAGUACAGGCGUCCUGGUGAUUGCCAACUAUAUGGUCCUCGAACUCAACAAUCUCGGUCUUUCCGGUUCCACCCCGUUGUUGCUCUUGGCCGUCUACAAUACCUGGGCGGCCUGUCUCAACUACGUCAACGCCCUUCUGAUAGAUCGAAUCGGACGUAUUCGGAUUGUGACAAUUGGCAUUACGGGCUGCAUGGUCUGCCUGAUCCUGGUGACGGCACUCAAUGCACAUUACGGCAAUGCGGGGAAUCCAAACAAAGCAGGACAAGCCCUGGCCAUCACCUUCAUGUUUCUCUUCGUCUCGUUCUAUGGCUUCGGCAUCGACGUGUCGAGUUACGUCUACUGUUCCGAGAUCUUCCCCACGCAUAUUCGUGCCAAAGGUGUGGGUUGGUCUGUGAGUGGGCUCUUCUUGAUGACCACGGUCUAUACGACUGCCGCCGGGCCUGCAUUCAACCAUAUCGGAUGGAAAUAUUACCUUGUCUUUAUCAUUGUCACCUGUCUGAUGCUGCCGUACGUGGUAUUGAAAUUCCCUGAGACUAAAGGUCUCAGUCUUGAAGAAGUCGGGGCGCUGUUCGGAGACGAGGUGGCUCUGGACGUCAGUCAUCUGUCCGGAGACCAGCAGCGAGAGCUGGAUGCUGAGAUCUUGGCUCAACACGACAUGGCCUUCUUGCGCGAAGAUAAGCCGGGCCUGCACAGCGCAAAGACAGAGGUCUCUGGCCCCGAUUAUUCCAACUCCGACACUGAGCACGUCGAGCAGAUCGUGGAGGAUUCCAGCCACGGUCAAGGUCACGGAGUGACCGAGGUGAAGUGA